UGUUCAUAAACUCAGCUCGAGAAGGCGUCACCACAUUAAAGUUGAGCGGAUGAGUAUCACACACGUCGACGAGGGAAGCACGAGUUUUUAGUCCCGAACAGUCAUAAUAUCCUAAAUUGUGCCACGUUCUUUUCUAGUUUUAGUCCAUAAAAUACAUUAUUAUAAUGUAUCGUGAAUCUUGAGCAGGCAAUGCUAAGCGAAGCUUUGGGUCAGAAUUGGGAUGUUUUUAAACGAGACGCGCAUUUUGGUUGAUCUUAUAUGAGUAUUCCAAUAAUUGAGAAAACAACCGUGCUGAAGCAGAGACCGUUCAUUUGCAUCCAAUCAGUUGUGAAGACGGGCACUCUUUGAAGCGCCACAGGACAUCAUUUGCAUGAAACUGAAGCCAGAUCAAAACGUUGACUCCAACUGCACCCAAUUCAAAGAGAAAGUGGGAAAUACAACUAGGAAAAGGACUGAAGACCACGACACCUGUGCCACAUCUACCACUAACCCCCCCUUGACCCCUUCAAAACCCACCCUCCUAUCCACUAUGUCUCUCAAUACCUUCCACCUGAUGGAGACCCUCAAGAAAUCCCCGGCGGCUUUACGCCGCCGUUUCUGCCGCGACCGCACAGAGUCCCUCUCCCACGGCGAUCCGCUAUUCAAGGUCCACUACCUGGGCACUGAGAAAAUCUUCUCCCUGGAUCGAGAGCAGGCCCAGGAUGCCAUAGCCCGUCUGCUCGAAGGGGCCGCAAAUGGAAAGAAGCUUAGCAAAGACCACGCGUUGGUUGUUCGUCCACGCUAUGUCGAAGUCAAAGAGCUCAGCACAGGACGCCAGCUCACUAAGACGUACCUCCAGGACAUAGCCUACUGCGCGGCCGACGCCACCAGACCCAACGUGUUUCUGUACAUCUGUAAGCAGCGUGGGCAACAGCUGCAGUGCCGGGUGUUCUGGUGCAGCCGGGCAGAGCGGGCACGUGACAUGACGGCCUGUCUGGCACACUCCUUCCAGAGGGCACUGAGCGACUGGCAGGGGGACGGCGGAAGUACCGGCACACUGACCCCAGAAAAGGUUGGGGUGAAGGAGGGAGAGGAUAUGCCCACCACCCCUACUACCUCCAAAAACUCAAUGCUAACAGCUAGCUUAAGACGAGUCCGUUGGAAGAAGAGGAGGUCCCUGUCUCGCAGUCCACUGAGUGCCAUGAUCAGGAAGAGAUCCACCUCAGACAUCUGGCACUGAGACAACCGAUCCCCAGCAUGCCACUAAACUGAUGACACCCACAGAGACUAGUUACAGCACGUAGGGAGGGAAGGGACGAGGGAUUGAAAGAACCCACCACUACUGGACUCAACAGGACUGAAGGGUGAGAGAAGGAGAUUAGUGCUGGACUUUCUUUUAAAUGGGACAUUGCCUUAAGUCUACAGUACAGUUCAUGACUGGAUUGAACAUUAGCCUACAAACCGGGACAGUUAAUGACUAGCUGCCUUGGUAGACCUGGGAACAAGGCAUUGGGUUGAUGGUACGCUGUUGCCAGCAUUCACCUCUGUUGCCUUGUGACUUGCUUUCGCUGUUGGAAAGCUUCAAUGCUAAACUGCUAAUAUCCAUCGCCACUCCAAGUCACCUGUUUUCUAGUGGCCUUGUGACUCUAAACUGCCAGUUAUGCUUCAAAGAAAGGAGCACAUGGUCUUGUGUGCCUUUUUAACUAGGUAAGGAUAUGACCAAAGAUAUCCCCAAACCACAAUCUUCUCUCAAUACAAUGCUGGGUAUGGGCUGGAAUAGUUGAAACUGGUUAGUCAUAGCAAUGAUGGUUGUUUUUUUAUAGUUUUUUAAAAUUUAUUUCAAUUAGGUUUUUGUUGUUAGCUUAUGGAUCAUCAGCCUGUACACUUGGUUUUUUUUUAAACGGGGGAGGGACUUUGUUUGAGCUGACCCUGAAAUGUGAGCUCCGUGUUGGUCUUGGGAGAGAUGUUACAAAGUGUGUGUGAGGAUUCAUGGGGCAUAAAGGGUUCAUUUGAGCCGACCAUAGAAGAACAUCUGCUGGGUGGUCAUAGGUACACAGUAGGCUGUGUUCAUAGGCAGAACUGUAAUUAAGACAUGACAACCCAGGGUUUAUCGUGUUAAUAACUCACGACUAAGGCCCAACAUGGAGGAUCAGGGAAACAGCCCUUAGGAGGAUGUUAUUCACGAUAAUUUCUGGGACCUGAUUGCUUUUAUAAAACGGUUACCAAUUAUUUUUUUUAAAGAUGUAUUUUCAUUCAAUGUUAUUUUAAUGAGUAAAUUUGUUUUAUUUCAUCCUUCCACCAGACAAUCUAGUCUGAGCAAAAUCCAGUUGUUAGUUCUGAAAUAAUGCAGUAGCUAGCCAAAUGAGCUGGUCAUCCAAAAAAGGUUGCCAUGCAGGCUAGCUACUUUUCCUUUGGUAGUUAGCUAACUAAAGCUGACACUAUCACAUCAAGCAGCUGAAAUGAUGGCAAACUGUGCAUUUUAGUUUGUUUUACCUUUGUUUCUAUUGCCAUUUCUUUUGACAUAUCCAUUGUUAUUACCCUGUAUAAAUAAAUUUUCCUGACUGAGAA